AUUCCUGCAAGAUGCGGUCAGGAUGUUUGGCAGCAUGAAGACGGAAACAACGUUGGCUGGUGUGAGUUCGCCACACAUUACACUUUUACGGCACAGAAGCAGAACAGUUCAAGCAAGUAGUCAGUGGAUUUUUACAGCCGUGAUUACUCGCAAUCAAAAACCUACUUUCCUGCAGAAUGGAAAAAGGAAUAAAAGGAUGGAAAAGAACAAUAGAAAAAACUACAGAGAUGGGUGCUGAGCUUUUAAAAGGAAUUCUUCUCUCGAUGUGUUCACUGUCCAGAUGUUUCGUCUCGCUGAAUCUCGUACAGAAGAUCAGGUUACUUCAGGUGACCCAACACUGAAGCCGAGAACGAUUUGCUGGGGCCUUCCUCCUUCUUAUGUCCUUAAGUCUAAGAAAGCAAGUUCGGUAAUACUCACCCACGCUCAGCACCUCGUCUCCCUGAACAACCAGGACUGAUUUCGCACAGUGGUGAAAGAAAAUGGUGCGCCUAUAGCGCUACAUACUACUAGCUUCGUCCCUCUGAACCGUCGAUCAUGCAUCCAAAGGAUAUUAUCCCUUCGCGGAAACACUCCUGGGCCCUAGCCGACGCUAAAAGUUUCUGUGACAUCGACUUCGUGAGCCUGCAGAAGACUCAUGAGCUCUUCCUGGCCCCCUGGGGCGGCGCAGACAGAGGUCUGACCAAGCAACAGUUCUGUGAAGUGGUCAAGAAGACUGUGUGCAGCCAAAUGACGGACGAAGAAAUAGAACUGUUGUAUUCUAAGAUAAACGCUGGCAGCUUGAAAAAAAUCUGCUGGAGUGACUUCAUCGACUGCGUGUUCCAGAAGAUAGUGGAGCGCGACAACUUCGAUCAGCUUCUUCAAAUAUCUUCUCUCUUUGAGAAUUAUUUGAAGUUAGUACACACACGACACUUGGAUCCGAUAGUGGCCAUCUGCUUUGUUCCUCGUUUGAAGAAUACGUCAACGAUAAUCGACUACACCAGGGGGAAAUACUACAUGCUCGGAAAGGAAGGUGUAAUUUCAAUGUGGACAAUGGGCAUAAACUUGUUAGGAUAUCACUGUAUUGGAGACUAUUACCGAACCACAACCCAAGUAAGCUAUGUGGACAUGAAAACCUUGUACCCUUCCUCUCUGGUCGCCAUCAUCUCUACAGAACGCAACGUCACCUUCUGGGAUGUGGGCAGUAAAGGAAUGGAGCGUAAAUACUACAUCCCGUUGUCUAACUGUCCCACGUGUCUGGAGUACUGGACCGACCUAAACUCUCGCUCACGUAGUCUGUUGUUCUGGGGCGACACUGCUGGUGAUGUGCAUUGCCUCGAGUUCAACGUCAACCGCAAAGGAAGUAUUUUUAUCAAGUCAGAAACAAAAGAAUACCUCGAGAAAGUCCACUAUCGUGACCUUCUUCGUGGAAAGGUCUCUGACGUCCGACUGUACAAGAUGGCCAACAUAAUGAAAGGGUGGGUGAAACAAGUGCUCUAUCUGCCGGCCUGGGGCACCUUUAUAGCGUGCAGCGAGUGCAACAACCAGCCCGUCUGCUACAGCGAAUUUCGAGGGAGGAAGAAGCGGAGUUACUACAGUUGUCGCAAGGGCGUGACGAGCAUUGACGUCAGCAGGCGGCUGACCAUCCUGGUCACUGGCUGCUUGGACGCUACGGUGCGCCUGUGGAACCUCUUCCUGAUGGAUUCCUCCAUUGGCAUCCUGAGAGGUCAUCUUCGCUCUAUCGUUGCCGUUGCGGUCCGUGACUCUACUGAACACGUCAUCAGCCUGGACAAAGGUCACACAUUGAACGUCUACCAUAUCUUGACCCACGAGUGCGUCCAGCGGCUGAGCGGACUGUCGACGUCUUUGAUGGGCCCUAACCCUGCGUCUUCCUACUUCUACAACGUGGGAUGCAACGAGUUCCUAAUGGCUCACACCUCGAUUGCCAAGACAGUUCCAAAGCCUUCUUACGCUGAGCAAAUAGCUGUUCAAUCACACGAUUUCCCUCUCACUGGCGUGGUUUACAGCUCCGAGUUUCGCAAGAUCGUCAGUGUUUGUCGAGGUGGCAUUAUCAAAGUGUGGGACAUCUACACGGGGACCGAGACGUUCCAAUUUCAUCACUUCAGCCCCCGCACUCCGCAUAAGGACGUGGUGUAUGAACCUGAGCACCACAAACUAGAAAUCACUGCCCUGGCCAUGGACCAGACAGAGAAACGCGUCGUGACGGGGGCUGCCGACGGAACCCUUAACUUGUGGAACUUCUCCAGCGGCCUCCUUCUCAACCACUACUCCCUGCCCGAAGCGGUCAGCGUCACAGCCAUCGUUAUGGACAAGGUAUAUUUACGCAACUGGCUGGCACAAGAAGGUGUACGUCCUCAACACAGAGGAAGAGGCUCCAACGAACAUUUUCAGUCCUUGCGUCAUGUGCACAAGGAGGACAUUUUGUGCAUGAUCUUUAUUCCCCAAAACAUGCUGGUCACUGCCUCCUACGACGGGGAUAUCAUUGUCGUAGCGCGCGAGACGGGAAACACGAUCCUCAGGAUAAAUGCUUGUCAAAGCCGCUACCCAAUAGUAAAAGACAUACAUGGUAUAUUAACGACACCCACUGACCAGGUGGAACAAUACUCUUGUGAGGAGGAGGACGAGUCAUGUGCUGACGUCUUCGACGUGCUGACAGGCCGCUACGUCACACGGGAGGAGAGCGACGCCCAGACUCAGACUUUCGAGAACUCUGUGGACGCCAUGCUGUUCCUCCACACGCGGCAUCCCAACGAUGAGAGGACUGCCACCCUCAUCACGGCGUGCAAUGAAGGGUGGAUUCGGGCGUGGUCACUCCACACCAAGGGUGGGCUGCUAGGCCAGUUCGCGGCAACAGAAAGAGUGGGAGAAAUGGUGUUGGCCAUGACGACCGACCCAGAAAACGAGUUCCUCAUCACCGGCGACACACUAGGCUACGUUAAGGUGUGGGACCUGCUCCUCUACUGUAACAGAGAGGCCGAGUCUAUUUCGGAUGAGGAGCUCAAAGAGCGAGACGACGUUUUCUGGAAGAAAUUUUUCUACUUUAGGUCUACAGUCUUGAAAGACGAGGCAGCGAACGGAAAUUACAGUCCACACAAGAGGCCGCCUCCACUAACAUCUCAACCAAAGUCCACACUAAAGAUUCCUCGGUUGUUGAACGUGUUCAGGGCAGAUCGAGAGGCCAUCACCUGCAUCACAUAUGUGGCCAGUAGCGAGCUGAUUAUCACUGGAAGCACUGGGAAAAUGGUGCGUUUGUGGCUGUUGAGUGGCCGCUACAUCGGCACUUGCGGUGACCCCUGGCCCGACCUCAUCGGUCCACGGAGGGUGAACGUCGCACUGCGCAGUCUUCCUGUCGACCUGCGGAGGUGUGCAUCAGCGAGGACAUUCAGAGUCACCAAUACGGGAUCCAGGAGCCGGCUGUGGCAAACCGCCAUUUCGCUCAUCAAGGAAAAUCUUCGAAGAUUUCGUCAAGACCCCCAAAAAACACCUGCAGUAGCAGACAAAGAAUAUUAUUCUGUGGAGCAAGCUCAGAGAAUAGAAGAAGAGAGAGAAACGCAUGAGGCAAGUGUGGAGCUAGAGGCUGUCAAGGGACAGAUCAGCGACAUUUUUGUCAGCCCUACCUGGCAAGACCCAAAAAAAAGCAACAUACUGGGCUCAACAUUCCGGCCUUAUCUUCACCACAGAUCAGGCCCAAAAUAUUCCCAUGUGGACAUGAACAAGUAUUUAACUCAGUGUCCAGCCUACCACAUGAUGGCUAUGCACGACCUUGAUGACAAUGUAAAAGGUCCCACUCCACGCCCUGGCCAGCUUUUGGAUCAUCGCAAGGUCCCCGGGAAGAACGCCAAAAGUACCCCUUCAUUAAAACAAAGCUCCCGGCGUACUGUAAAUGAACGGUGGAAAAUAAGUCAUUCGGUGGCAUUAAACAAAACGAACAACGCCAAGUUACCUCCCAUUAGGACGGCAGAAGACAGAGUUGCACCCUUGAUGAGUGAUAAAGUCUUCACGGGUCUCGACACUCAGAAUGGUCCAGAAUCUCUGAUACACCUGCCAUCAGCUGACAACAGCAUCAGUCACAGGAAACAUCGGAAGCUGUCUUCUAGGAGACAGACAAGAUGUGAGCUCCUCUAGCAGCUGCAAAACGUAGUAUCACUUACCUCCCUUGACUGCUACGUCACCGAGCAUCGUCUAAAAUUGUUCGUCAAAACUUCACUGGGGUGUCUCAAAGAAGCACAUUCAUUAAUUCCUGUUAAAUAAGCUUUUUAAACUUUUUAAAUAUGUGGUGUUUAGUUAAUUAGUAAAAAUUAUUAAUGUCGACGGAUAGGAUGGCGUUGCACUGCAUUCUGAGUGACGUAAAUCGGAAUGGAAUUUUUACCCGAACAAUGUGUGUAUAAUAAGGCUCAUUAGGGUGUGAUCCACUAUCUUCUCGAAAAGCAGGUUGACGUAAGUGGUUGCUUCAUUGUUUCCUGCAGGAAGAAGGAAAGCCAUUUAUUGAUUGAUUUAACACGAUACCUUUUUUUUGAUUGAGUAUUGAUCAUUUCUAGGGUCAACACUUAGCUCUUGGUGAUCUUAAGUGGCAAAGGUCACGUGAUUAGACAUGGUUUUGAUGUGCUCUUGCUGGGAAGAGGCCUGGCAAAAUUGAGAGACUUUUCAAAGUCUCACCUUUCAUGCACUUGGAAUUUCAGCUUUCAACAGAUAAUUUGUCGGAAGUGCUCUAUAGUGCAAUGUAACUGAAUUGCUUAAUGUCAUACACCAGGUCACCAAGUAUACGGCAGAUAUUGUGAAUGGAUGCACAUAAACUUUAUGUGGAGCUAACCAAUAUUGGUUUACUUCUGCUAAGUGCUAGCUCAUUACUGCUGUUGCUUUUUUUUUUUUUUUUUUUUACUUUUUUGCCAAUAUUUAGGCAAUGUAUAUUGCUUACAUUUAUUAGUUUCAGAAAAUAUUGAAGGGGAGUUUUUUUAAGUAUUGAUUGUUACAUAUACACAUACAGACCAACUUACUUAUGUAUUAUCUCUUUAAAACCAUUAAUGUGAUUAAUGGUAAUGCAGAACAUUGAACUACUUUAAAAGGAAUAGUUAUAUUGUGAACGUUAUAUUCUUAUUAUACAAUGAUUUGUUGAUUGAACUAUUUUGAUAAUAUUCUAUGAAUAUCUGUUUAAAUAAACGUUUUUA